GUCAGAAUAAAAUGGGGGGCUUGAUUGCUUGUGCUGGUAAUGCCAGCCUGUACCGUUCAAGUCGGCAUGAGGAAAACUCCGCGAUUACGUAUAUAAAUGCAGCCUCUCAUGACACCUUGUCUCUCACCUCAAUUCAUAUCUACCAUCUUAUCAGAAGGUCAUCGCUAUCAUGUCAUCGAAAAUCGUCCCCGUCAUUCAACCAGUCCCUCUUCAAACCGGCCCGCCAGAGUAUGAAGCUCUCCGGACAUCCAUCCUCGAGGAAUUCGGCAGCACUGUCCCAGACGAGCUCCGUCUUCCAAAAAGCCUCAUCGACAAUCCCCCAAAGAACGUCACCGGCAUCCCCAAAUCCUGCGGCAUCUUGACCGAUCAAGAAAUCGACAUCACAGAGAACUACGACGCCACAGCGCUAGCAGCUGCUAUCGCAUCACGAAAAUUCACAUCCGUCGCUGUCGUCACUGCCUUUGCAAAAAGAGCUAUCAUCGCUCACCAGCUUACUUGCUGCUUGACACAAUGGUGGUUCGAAAAGGCGGUACUGACGGCCCAGCUUCUUGAUCAAUAUCAAGAGAACUCUGGAACGACUUGCGGCCCUUUGCAUGGCGUGCCAGUCAGUAUCAAGGAACACAUGCCGGCUAGCAACCAGUGGUCGAAUGUUGGAUACUUGGCGACUCGAAAACUUGACAGAGAGGAUUGUCAGUUGGUCAAGAUUCUUCGGGACGCGGGGGCUGUGCUAUUCUGUAAGACGAAUCAGCCGCAGUCGAUUAUGCAUCUUGAGACUACAUCGCCUUGGGGAAGGACGUUGAAUCCUCAUAAUAUCAAUCUUUCGGCUGGAGGAUCUACUGGUGGCGAGGCGGCUCUUAUCGCUCUCCGUGGGUCGAUUUUGGGUAUUGGUACAGACAUUGGAGGAAGUGUUCGUGGACCAGCUGGCUUCUGUGGAAUCUAUGGCCUCAAAACGACGUCUUACGUCUUCCCCCAGAAAGACUUCUUACCGGGUGGUUUCGCCGCCGAACUCAAUGUCUUAUGUUCAGCUGGGCCAAUGUGCACCUCGCUCCGGGAUGUUGAUCUCCUCAUGUCGGUCGUCUCCGGUACUCGCCCUUGGCUGAAAGAUCCGCGGCUUGUCCCUCUUCAGUGGACUGGCAGACUGACGGAGGAGAAGCCUCUCAAGAUCGGAGUCAUGAUGAAUGAUGGCGUCAUCACUCCCCAGCCACCUGUCACAAAAGCCCUGGAAUGGGCGGUCGGUGAGCUUCGUUCAAAAGGCUUCGACGUCAAGCCUUUCCAGCCUUACGGAACGGAAGAGGCCAUGAAGGGUAUUCGUCGCGCAUACUGGCCUGAUGGAGGCAAAACAGUCAAAGCCUAUCUCUCAGCCACGAACGAACCCAUGAAUGUCUUGACGAAAUGGAUCAUCCAAGACGCCGAAGGUCCUGGUCUCGACGCCAAUGGUGUUCUCAAACUUCGGGUAGAACGCGAUGACUUCAGAUGUCGUUUCGCAGAGCAUUGGGAGUCACAAGAUGUCGACUUCGUCAUUUGUCCUGUCUUCGUUGGCCCAGCCUGUUCUCACGAGACGGCUCUUUACUGGAAUUACACUGCACUCUGGAACUACGUUGACUACCCCGGCAUGGUUAUUCCUACGCCUAUCAAGGCUGGUGCGAAAGGAACCGAGAGUUACCCAACAAAUAGCGUUCCUUUGAGUAAAGAAGAGGAACAUGUUAGACAAUUCUGGGCGGAGGGUGAUUUUGAGGGAGCGCCUAUCAAUUUGCAGGUUGUUGCGAGGAAAUAUCAUGAUAAUGAUCUUUUUGCGGCGGUGAAGGAGAUUGACAAGGUCAUCAAUCAGCGAUAAUUGGUGGUUACUUGAAGAUAUUGGAUGAGUUGAUUGGUAGAUAAUUGGCCAACCAGAUUCAUAAACACAUAUGUGCGGUCAGCACGCGCCUCGCAUUAUCUCACUCCC